GGUGUUUCCGCAAAACUAAAAAACUACAUUAGUUAAUGCUAGAGUACCUAGUAAUCACUGGUUGGUUUACAACUUUUUUCUUUUUUUGGCUGUGUCUGACCAAACAGAGGACAAAAGAGGAUGCAUGUUCAGGUGUAACAGAAGCUCUUAAACUGUUCACUAACAAAGCUGGAAACUUUAAAAGAAAAAGGGGGUCAGUGUAAAUUGCACUACUGUAGUAAAUCAAACCAAGGGCAAAAAAUUCUUCUCUGGUGAUGGUCUUGGAUAUCCAUUUUUAUUCAUUGAAUUUUGGGUUUACUUUUGUAUUCAAUGUUAAUAUUAAUGAUACUCUGUGUGUAUCUCUUUUCUCCUAAAGUUUCAGUUUUGGUGUUUUUUAUUCUCUUAUGGGUGAAUGCUUGGUGCAUGUAGGUUGAUGGAUUCUGACUGAUUCUUUCAUUUCUCAGUUCACUGUUGAGCAGGUGUGUAUGUUAAAUACAGGUGAAUGGUGGUGACUUGUGGGAUGGGAUCUCAGGAGGGAGGUGGCGGUGUAAUAGAAGCAAAUCCAAAUGCUUUGGAUAGGCAAGGAUCACUCUACAGCCUCACUCUUGACGAAGUUCGGAAUCAAUUGGGGAGUAGUGGAAAACCACUCAAUAGCAUGAAUCUUGAUGAGUUUGUUAAAACUGUACGGACUAUUGAGGCUAAUCAAGAAGUGGGCGGAAAUGGUUACGGGGCAAUGCAGCACGGGGCUUCUGUGCAUCAUCAAUCGAGCCUAACAAUGACCAGGGAUCUAAGCAAGAAGACUGUCGAUGAGGUGUGGCAAGAUAUUCAGCAGGGGGGGAAAAGAGAGAGCGUUGAGAAGAGAAGCCCGGAGAUGCAACUUACUUUAGGUGAGAUAACUCUGGAGGAUUUCUUGGUCAAGGCUGGAGUCAUUGCAGAGUCGAACCAAGGCAAGAGAAAUUCGGGUUUAGUAUCAGGGGUUAAUUCGAUGGCAUUGGGACAGCAAGCUCAGUGGCCGCAUUAUCAAAUCCCUGCAAUGCAGCAGGUACCGGAGCAUCAUCAUCAUCAACAACAACAGCAGAAUAGACAACUAGUAUUUAUGCCAGGCCAUCCAAUUCAACAGCCUUUACCUGUUGUUGCUAAUCCAAUUAUGGAUGCGACUAAUCCUGAAACCAAGGUGACAAUGUCUCCAGCGCAUGCUGUGGGAACAUUAUCAGACACACACACAAUGGGAAGAAAGCGGGCUGCUCCAGGUGAUGUGAUUGAAAAUAGUGCAGAAAGGAGGCAGAAGAGGAUGAUUAAAAAUAGGGAAUCCGCAGCUCGUUCACGAGCAAGAAAGCAGGCUUACACCCAUGAACUAGAGAACAAGGUUUCUCGGCUUGAAGAGGAGAAUGAAAGACUUAAGAGACAGAAGGAGAUCGAGAAUAUCUUACCCAGUGUUCCACCUCCAGAGCCCAAGUAUCAGCUCCGCAGAACAAGUUCAGGCCCUAUCUGAAUAGUGUUUUUUAAUGUCAUUGAAAAUUUGACCAGCUAGUAGUGCUUCUUUCUCAACAUCUUUGUUCAGGAGAAUGCCUUGGUAACUUCGAGUGAUUCCCAGUCGAUGUCCAUUCCCCAUUGAUAUGUACUGAGUCGCUGUUGUAUGUAACGUUAACAGUGUGGACAUUGAGAAUAUGGUAUUGGUAGUUCUUUUUACAGUUAGCUAUGUGUCUAGAAACCGAGGACAUAUAUAGUUUAGGGUCAUAAGUUAGUAGAUACAAAGGUCAGAAAACUCUCGGUCUUUGUUUAAGAAUCAAGUGACUCAUUUUCUUCUUC